CCAAGUUCUGGUAGCUGGGCAGUUGGUAGCUGACCUUCCUCCACCAUUCUUUUUUCCUCGUAGUAUCUCCUUUUUUUCCACCUUUCGUACUUGCUUUCGUCCUUCGGCCGGUCCGCCCUACUGCCUCGCUCACUCAUUUUCGCUACCCAUUGCUCGCUCGCACCUGAGUCAAAAUGUUCAAGACUGUCGCUAUCCUCUCUCUGGCCGUCGGGUCUGCUUAUGGCCAUGCUUUCAUCAACGCUGUUCAAGGUGCUAACGGUUUGACGGCUACCGGUUUCGGAGUUGACACGACUGGGGCCAUUCCCCGUAACGGUACCACUGAGCAACCUUUCCAGGUUGAUACGCCCGUGCUCAAGAACUUGAAGGAUGAUCCUUGCGGCGCGACCCUCCAGAGUGGCUCUAUCAACAUGGCCACUGCAAUGGCAGCCGCCCUCAAAGCCAACAACAACCAGCUGCCGACCAUUCCCACCAACGGCCUUCUCACCUUGGGUAUCCACCAGGUCAACGCCGACGGCGGAGGACCUUUUGUGGCCGAGGUCAACACUGACGGAACUGGAAAGACUUGGACGGCGGUCACCGUGACCUCGCAGCCUCCUGGCAUCAACGGUCUACUACACAAUGGGCCCGCGGACUCCAAGAUCACGCUCCAAUUACCGAACACAUUGGCUUGCACAGGCGGUUCUACGGGCAAUGCUUGCGUUAUUCGCCUGAACAACGGUGGCGCAAACACUGGCUCGAUCGCUAACGGUGCUGGGCCUUUCGGUGGUUGCGUCGCUGUCUCUCAGGCUAAUGCCGCUGCUACUGGUGCUGCUGCGACUGGUGCUGCUGCUAACGCGACCACCGGCGCUGCCGCCACGACAGGCAAGACCGCCGGUAAAGCUGGAGGCAAAACUGCGGCUGCGACUGGCGGCAAGGCUGCGGCUGGAGGCAAGGUUGCGGCUACAGCUGGAAAGGCUGCCAAGGGUGCGAAGGCUGCUCGUGAAGUCGUCAGGUCCCGCCACUUCUUCCCUUCGCUUUCUGCUCGCCGUCAGGCAAUAGACGACCUCGUUGCAAAACGUGAGGCCAUGGACGCUGAAAUUUUGGCCAAGCGUCAGAAGCUCACCGCUCAGCUUAUUGAUGAACUCAAGACCGCGACUGGCACUGCCAUCGACAUUCCGAUUGAUGCCUUGGCUGGUCACGUUGAUGAGAGUGCAUUGGGCGGUAACUCAACCAAGGCUGCCGGUGCUCUCCUCACGGAUCAACAGGCCGUUGAUAUCAAGAAGGCUGUACAGAACGCCAUUGAGCAGGCCUUCAUCAUCAUGGCGAGCACUCAAGUUGACGCUGGUGCAAACGGUCAGGCUGAGGCGGUUACCGACAAGGCGAACGCUGACGCUGAUGCCGCGUUCAAGGCCGGUCAGAUCAAGUCUGUGAACGCUGGCAAUGCCGGUGUCGGUGAACCCAACACUGCAGUCAUCAACUCUCUCCUGGGAGGCAUUGCGACAGCUACUGCUGACUUGGCUGGCGGAGCAGGUGCAGCUGCAACCAUCACGAGCGCCCCGCCGGCUUCCACUGCUGCUACCGGCGGCAAGAAGACUGGCGGCAAGGUUGCUGCGGGUGUUGGCAAAGGUGUUGGGGCUGCGGCAGGGGCGAAAACAAAUGCGGCAGCGGGCGCCAAAGGUGGUAAGAGCCGGUUCGCUCGCGACAGCUAUUAGGAGGUGCAUCCCAGGGUUGAUUGAUUCGAUACUGGGUACAUCGGAACCUUACACGAAAGGAUGGUCGGUCGGUCGUGUCUUUCCUUCAUAGCCCUUUUCUCGUAGCAUCAUUUUGUGCGGAAUUCUACCAUGCUUGUCUCAGAUC